ACGACACAGAGUUGUUUGUAAUAUUUUAUAGGUGCCAAAACACUUAACACCAAAGACAUUGAUUCAGGUGAAAUUCCAACCUGGAAAUUUGAUUAUUUACUUUUAAUUAUCACGGUCUGGCACAGUUCACAACUGUGUUUGUCCUGUUAUUCAAACACUACAAUUAGCAUCUAAACUUGACUCGAGUCUUUUACCCAUUUGCUGAACGUCUCCCGUUUAAGUACAAUGGGCUUUAAAGUGUUAGCCCCGGUGGCGAUUAUUUUUAUAUUUGCCUUGAACCUCUUACGUUGUGAAUACACAACGGACAAUUGGAAGUUUCAUUUUCCUUCCGGGGCGGGAAUGGGUUUGUUCGUGGCAAUUGCUGUCCCACUGGAUCUGCCCAACAAAAAUGCCUAUUUGGCCUAUAAUUUCGAAGCGAACUACGGCCUUCCAGACAACACAACAGAGUACACAUACCCCCCAGUGAUUAACCGAGGAAUCGACAGGAAAUUCGUUUACAGUGCGUUGGAAACUAAAAUGAACACGAGUGGAUACCCGGGCAAAGCGUGUCUUCUAAGGACGAUCUGCGAGGCCUCCUCGCACACGGUGGAACACAAUAACGGCGUCCUGGGGGACAUCCUGCACAUUAUUUUUACACCGUCGUCGUCGUUGAAUGCUGGUUUGUCGUCGGAUUAUGAGGCUGCAGAAAAGCUUGGCAGGAAAACAGGCAACUGUAAAACGUACAACAAGAAUUGUACCAUAAGCUUUUUAAAUUUGAUCAGCUGGAUUGGAAAAAUCUUCUUAGCACUUGCAUUACCAUUAGAAUUAGACGAACUGGAUGUGUUCGUGGCUUACAACAUCGAGGCAACUUAUCAAUUGCCAGAGAACGAAACCGAAUUUACUUAUCCUCCACUAAUUGGAGACACGGUCGUCGACAGAAAGUUUGUAUACAACUUGCUGGAGUACAAAAUGAAAUCCCAUGGUUACCCAGGAAAACAAUGUUUGCUGAGGGCAAUCUGCGAGUCGUCGCAGCACUCGUCAAAAGACACCGGUGUAUUAGGGGAUAUUUUACAUUUAAUUUUAACACCUUCGACUUCGAAUAAUGCAAGACUGUCAAAUGAAUAUAGUGAGGCCGAAAGGUAUGGAAGUUCCAAUGGUCAUUUCCAUCUCUUGGUAAAUAUGUAUCGAACUAUGUGUACGUACUUUGCACGUUUGUUUUUUAGUUUGUAUCUAUUGAACUGUGCCAGAAGCGAUGGUAUUACGUUCAUAAAUCCCUUCAGGUUUCCCUAUGGGCCUAUUGAAGGCCCAUUUAUAGGGCUUUUUGUGGCUCUUUCGUUCCCAGUCAAUUUGCCGGACACCAGUAUGUCGUUUUCUUACAACAUGGAGGCAAAUUACGUUUUGCCCCAAAAUGAUACGGUACUUAUGUACCCUCCGAUAGUUUCCAGAUCUUUAAUGAGUCGCAGGUCAUUUUAUAACAUGUUGGAGUUUAAACUAAAGUCGCAUGGAUUUCCUGGCAAAGGAUGCCUUCUAAGGACGAUUUGCGAAGCCUCUUUGUACACCAUGAACGAUACUGGUGUUUUAGGUGACAUUAUACACAUAAUUUUAUCACCGUCAACAUCUUCCAAGGAGGACAAUCUUACCGAGUACAAUAAGGCUGAAAUAUACGGACGUACCGCCAAAAACUGUAUGAAAUACAACAAAAAAUGUAACAUCAGUAUAUUAGAUUUA